AUGUCAGAUAACGAGUACGACGACGAUGUUUUUGACCAUCUUGAACUUGACGAUGAUGAUGUGUUUGACGACAUCGACGAAGACGAGCUUGUGGCCCUCGAGCGACCUGCAAAACGGGUCAAGACCGAAGCAUCAGAGGUCGAAAGGAAUCCAGCGCUUGGCGAUAGUCACAGUGCACUGGCCGAACGGAUUCUUUCCAACCAGCUUGGCUUCAAGGCGUUGCGGCACGAGCAGGCAGCCGCCAUUCAGCAUAUUCUGAAAGGCGAUAAUGUCCUCGUCAUUUUCCCCACGGGCGCAGGCAAGUCGUUGUGCUAUCAAAUCCCCUCCAUUGCCUUCCCCGAGCUGGACGGCCCAGAGGGCGCACGAGAGCCAGCCGAGACAGGCGUGACCAUUGUGGUCUCACCUCUGGUCGCCUUGAUGAAAGAUCAGGUCGAUGUCCUCAAGAAACGCGGCAUCCCGGCCGAAAGCAUUGAUUCAAGCAAGACUUGGGAAGAACUUCAAGAUAUACCGUGCUCUGGCAUGAUCACAGUUACGGAUCUUGUACUGCGCAUCAGAGCGACUGAACAACGAGGGCUUCAUCGAAACCGUCAAACGGACUCCUGGCGGCAUCCGGCGUGUCGUUUGUCUCACGGCUACGGCUACUCCAAGGUUGCCGAGGACAUUUGCAAGGCAUUCUCAAUACAGCCAGCAUAUGUCUUCCGAACAACACCAUACAGACCAAAUUUUGAAUUCCUAGCCAAAACUGUUUGCAAAGAGUACAACCGGGAUAUCAGUGUCUCCCUAGAUAUCAUGCGAGGCUUUCAUGUCAAGUCGGAGAGCGACAAGCGCUUUGAAGAAUUGUUCAGGUUUCUGCGUGCCAACCCAGGGCCGACUCUCAUUUAUGUCGCCAUGCAGCAGCAAUCCGAGAUCCACGCCAAAGUGUUGGCUGCGCAGGGCUUCAAGGCCGCGCCUUUCCACGCCGGGCUCAAGACCGAAGUCAAACAACGGAUCCAAGACGACUUCCUCUCUGGAAAAGUUGACAUUAACUCUCAGGUCUGUGUCACGAUUGCAUUCGGCAUGGGCAUCGACAAACCAGAUAUAAGGAACGUGGUUCACUGGGACUUGUCUAACACAGUCGAAGAAUACAGCCAGCAGAUUGGGCGUGCAGGAUGGGACGGAAAACCGAGCAAAUGUAUGUUCUAUCUUGCUCCUAGCGCCUUCUACCUGCGCGAGGUCUUUGCUCGCGGUGACCUCCCGUCAAGAAGCUCGCUGGCCGGGUUGGUUUUUGAUAUCUUCAAGGAAGCUUUAGAGGUCCCUGUCGGGGGUGUCUUCAAGACCAAUCACUGUCGGCAGCAAAAGGACUUUGAUAUACGACCAAGUACCGUCAGCAUCAUCUACGCCACCUUGGAGCUCCAUUUCGGCUUCAUUCGAGCUACGACCUCGGAGUAUUCAACCUACAAGUUUGAGGCUAUGCCUCCCGUCAUCGACGCCAUCUACAAGAACGCCAAGAAGAAGCUCAAGUGGUACGAUCUUGAUGUUAACGAAGCUGCGUCGUACAAGAACACAGGCUUGACCCGUGGCGACAUCGUGGCCAAGCUGAACCAGCUUGAUCAACAGGGCCACAUUAGACUGAAAGCGAGCGGCCUAAUGAACCGCUACAUUGUCCAAAAAGCCUUGCCCAGGACACACAAGGACAAAGAAAAGGUGGUUGACAAGUUGUACAAGGAUUCGACAGAUCGAGAAAAAGAUGCCCUGCAACGAUGCAAGGAGGUCAUGAGUUUGAUCACCGGCUCCAAGUGUUUUGCCUUGUCUCUGGCACAACACUUUGGUAUGGGCCUGCCCAAAGACAAGGAAAAGCAAACCAAUCCAGCCCCCCAAACUCACUGUGACGCCAACGAUGGCUUCAAGCAUUCAAAAGGUCCUCGAAGCUACAAUGCCAGAGAUGACCCACGCUUCCUCGCGCGCGUGGCGUAUGGUAUUCGAAGCCCCCGGGUGACGGCGUUGAAACUGGACAAGAGCCCGGUGUUUCGUUCAUUGGCUCAUCACGAUUUUGAAGCGCUGUUGGCUGAGUUUACCAAGGCUUGUGAGAAGAAGAUUAAUAAAUGACGUCCUAGUCAAUGUUGGUCACCAGCUAUCUUGAUGAAGGGGAGGAUCACAGAUCUAUGGGAUAAAUGUUUAUCAUCCAUUUUUUGCUGUGGUGUGAAUGGUUUAGUUCCAGGUUGCGGAAUGCGCCAAGGUCAUAUAGUUAGUACUACCGUAUGCAUGUACGAAUUACCUAGAACCACGAUAGUUACGGUUCUCUUAGCUUUUG